AUGGCGGUCGUCGCAAUGUCACAGAAUGGUAUGUCUUCCGCAAGAGAAGUUGGUCGAAAAAUGGUGAGCAACCUCUUCAAGCGCGAUGGGACUUGUGUUCUGUGCGACGACAGGGCACCACUUUCUUGCCCGUCCUGUCCGGAGGAUACUGCGUGCAUGACCAUCCUCGCGAGCUGCAAGGAGUGCGCACACAUGAUCUGUGCUCCUAUUGACAAUACGGAUUCAAAUUCCUAUCAGCCUCCAGAUGCGGAGCCAGCAGGCAAUUCCACAAAUGUCGGUGCCAUUGCAGGAGGUGUUGUCGGCGGUGUAGCUGUGAUUGCGAUUCUCACAUAUUUGGUUUGGAGAUAUUGCAUCAAGUCGAGUAGGCAAGUUGUUGCACCGGAGGAGUGGGAUGGAGUGCAGGCUCAAGACGACGGCCCCGAGAAGUCUUUCGCCGAGCAUAACCGGUCAUCAACACACACCCGCAACUCGGUAGCAUCCACCGUUUUCACCCGAGCAUCCAACAUCAUCCAAAUAGCAUAUAUCCCUGGCGUUACGAACCGAACCCCAACAUCCCCGGCAGUCCUUGUUCCCCCCGUACCUCCGAUUCCCAUCGGCCACGGCGGCAGUCCCUCUGCUACAGGAGACCAGCAUUUCUUCGUUCCCGGCGAUCUGCGCGACUCUACAUAUUCCGGCAUAUCAGCUUUCACAGACCGAACCUCCUACGCCCGGACGUCAUAUGCGCCGCGGUCUAGCGUGGCGUCUACCAUCUACGGCAAAAACGUUGUUAUCACACCUGCCCAAACCGGCAUGCGGGCGAGGCCAGCUAUGGUCAGUGUUAAGUCGGGUCUUUCAAAUAACUCCGGUGGCAGCGCAACACCGCCUGUGCCGAGCGUGAAUCUCGAGAAGUACACCGGGUUCCGCCCUCCGAGUCCUACAAAUAGCAGGAAUAGCACGUUCAGCGUGGGAUCCACCUUCUUGAACACCGCCACGCCUGCUCGCGCCAUGGUCGUUCGAGUAGGGAGUGUCAAGAAGGUGAACACUGUCAAGCCCAAGACGUCUGAUUCAUCGGCAACUUCACCCAGCACUGCCUCAUCCGCAGGACGAGACUCUACUACUGGCACCAUCAUCAUUGAUUCGCCUGCCGUGGAUCAAGGGCCUUUCUCGGAUCCCCCGUCCCCCCCGGUAGACCGAUCAGCAACCCACGGCACAGCAACGUUGAGUGCAGUAAUUGAGCAAUCAACGAGGAGAGCCUCAGACCGGACCUCUGGUUCCCCUGGCUCUAAAGACCGGGAACGGAGCCCAUUUAGCGACGAACAUGCGACUCAAGAUUAA